UAACCGCGGUGGUUCUUAAGGCGCCAAAACACUACAGCCUGUAACGAAGAAAAAUACGAAUACAAAAUAGAUGAUUUUUCUCUUCUGCUGUUAUCCAGCAUUCACAUGAUGCCUGUCGGGGAGUUGAGUCGGAUGCGACAAGUUGCUUCCGUCGGGCGAGCGGGAGAGGAGGAGAGCGACGAGCGGCGGAGAGACGCGGCGGCGCGAGGGGAGGGGGAGACGCAUUUUCACCGAGUACACACACACACACACACGAGCGCAUUGGCUGCAUCCACUGUAGACAAAUCCAUGUUCAGUGACGUGUUUUUUUUGUAUUAGCCCCCUUUUUUUUAAUCUGUUCAGCCCUUUUCAUUACUACCCGGAGCUUUUAAGGUUUGUGUAAAAGAUUUCAUUUGAGCGGACCAGCGCGUGUUUCUGUCUCCAGGUCCAUCGUGAAACGGGACCGGUGUUAUUUCCCUCGUUAGAGUCGUUAUUUAUCGUUCAGCCCCCCUCCUCCUCCUCCUCCUCCUCUUUUUCUACAGCACAUUUUUCCUCUUCUUGUGAGUGCGACGCUCUUCGAAUCGCAGAAAUAAAAGGAUAACCAAGAGCACCAGCCACCAUGUCUCCCUGGGCGAGAGCUCCUCGCUAACACAGUGCCCACACACACACACACACACAAGAGUGAGGGACCCUUUGGAAACCAGGAACAACCAGAGGCCUCCACCACCAGCACCUCCAUCACCACCAGCAGCACCACCACCACCAGGUUGCCACUGAGAACGAGGAAGAGAGCGAGUGAGAGAGAGGACGCGUGUAAGGAGGAAGGGGCCGAGAGUGAAAACAGUCGAUGGAUGCUGUCCGGAUCGAGAGGACAGCGCAUUCUUCACUGACGAGGAAAAGAAAGAUUUCAAAAUUGAGUCGAAGGAUAGAAACACGCCGGCAGGCAUGGUGUGUGAGAAGGGGAUCCAGAUCCUUCUCACCACCGUGGGGGCCUUCGCGGCCUUCGGCCUGAUGACGGUGGCCAUAGGGACGGACUACUGGCUGUACUCCCGGGCCAUGAUCUGCAACAGCACGGCCAACGUCUCCGGCGACGACCCCCACAACAAGGACAAGAAGGACCCCGGGGCCCUCACCCAUUCCGGCCUCUGGAGGAUAUGCUGUCUGGAAGGGGUCAAACGAGGGGUGUGCUCCCAGAUCAACCACUUCCCGGAGGAUGCAGACUUCGACCACGACGGGGCAGAGUACGUCCUACGGGUGGUCAGGGCCUCCAACAUCUUCCCCAUCCUCAGUGCCAUCCUCCUGCUCAUGGGAGGGAUGUGCAUCGCUGCUAGCCGUUUCUAUAAGAGCAAGAGGAACAUUAUACUGGGCGCUGGCAUUCUCUUUGUGGCUGCAGGUCUGAGUAACAUCAUCGGUGUCAUCGUGUACAUCUCGGCCGCCCUGGGGGACAUCUCCCCCAAGAAGGAUGAGGACAAGAAGUGGCAGUACUCGUACGGCUGGUCCUUCUACUUCGGGGGUCUCUCCUUCAUCAUGGCCGAGAUGGUGGGCGUCCUGGCCGUCAACAUCUACAUCGAGAAGAACAAGGAGCUGCGCUGCCGCUCGCGCACCGACCUCUUCAAGAGCACCACGCACGCCAUGCUGCGCCUGCCAAGCUACCGCUUCCGCCGCCGCUCCCGCUCCUCGUCCCGCUCCACCGACCCCUCGCGCUCCCGGGACCCCUCGCCGGUGGGCGGCGGGGGCAAGAACUUCGGGCUGCCCCCCUCGGCGCUCCUCUCCCAGGGUCCCAUCUCGGUGUCCACGCUGCCCAACCCCCACUCGCGCUCGCACGCCGCGCUGGCCGGCGGCGACAUCUCCCUCUACACGCUGUCCCGCGACCCCAAGCUGGCUGGCCUGCCCCCCAUGUACGGCACGGUGGACCGCGCCACCCUCUACCAGCUCCACAACUGCUUCUCCAAGGACGGAGUGGGGGGGGGCGGAGGGGGAGGCGGGGGGAGGGGGAGGAGGAGGAGGAGGAGGAGGAGGAGGGGGGGUGAUGAUGAGCGGGACGCUGCCCUCUCUCAAGUCCCACAACCCGGCCAACUCCGGCUCCAACGCGCCCAUGGGUAACUCGGUGGGCUCCGGCCCCCCGCCCUUCUCCUCCUCAACGGUGGAGAGGGAGCGAGGCAUGGGGACCCAGGACAGGUUGAAGGGCGAUCGAGAGAGCAACUCUAACACUCUGAAUAGGAAGACCACGCCCGUGUAGGGGAGGCGGGGAUCCCAGAGGGAGGGAGAGAGGAGGAGGAAGGGAGAGAGAGAGAGGAUCGUUAACAGUAGGGGAGCGAAGAUAAAACGCAAGAGGUGUGCGCUAGUGUUUUUGUAGCGUUACAGGGUCAGGGAAUAGAGGUGGAAAAAUGCUGAAUUGUUCAAUCUCUCCCUUUAUGUUCACUGUCAAUGAAUUAGUGUACUCACUUUCACAGUGAGCAUUAAAAUAAAACAUAAGUAAUAACAAGUGAUAAUAACAACAACAAUGAACUCUCACAAUAAAACUAUUUUGAUAUUUUAACGCGCUAGAAAUGAUUUAUUUUGUUAACGAUCAAUCGCAACUAACCUUGGGCUAUUUACGAAAACGUUCCACGUAUUUUCCGUGCAAUACUUCUUGCUGACUUAACUCGAUAAUCUUUGUUGUUGUUGUGAUUAUUCUUAGCGUUAUUACGAGCUAGCUACGUUUGAAUCACCUUUUGGGUUUUUUGGAAUGAAAUUAGAAUUUUGAUUUUCUUGACGACUUUUACUGUGAAUUUCUUCCAUGCAAAGCCACUGGGACCCUCAGUGGGCUGCGUAACUGUGUCAAAGUGUCAAGCAUGAGUGUGCACAAUUUAUGAGUGAAUGAGGGGUGUAUUUAUUAUUAUUAGUAGUAUUAUUAUUAUUAUUAUUAUGAAUAGUAUUAUUCUUGCAUUUUAUUUUUCAAUUUUAACAUGAAGUAAGAUGUGAAUACUGUACAUUGUCUUCCAAUAUUGUUACCAGAUGAAAUGCAACAAUAACGUGAGCGACAGAGCAAAUUUCUGUGUUAUUACAAAGUCCUGAGUUUUUAUUUUAUUUUAUUUUCUACGGUUCUCUGUCAGUCUAUUUUUCAUUCUACUCAGUGUAAACGGUAGUACUUGUAGCUGUAGUCGUGUUGAAGAUGUUUGUUCUUUGGGCAUUAACUGAAACCUCUGACUUGAGAAAGAAGACAAAAGAAAUAGACUAUAUUUGUACAGAAUCAGGUAAGAGUUGUUGCCUGAGCAGAAUAACAAAAAAAAAACGAAAACAAAAAAAACAACUCAUGUUUUCUAAGGAGAGUCCCAAAGUGAGUUCCUCUGAACCGAAAUGCAACUUAAUAUUUUCAAACGUAUUGGCAAAAAAAUCUCUCUGUAUAUAUAUAUAUAUAUAUAUAUAUAUAUAUAUAUAUAUAUAUACAUGCAUAUACUAUCUGUAUGUGGUGUAGAAACGUGUUUUAGAAAACACAACAGAAGAGAAAAUCUUUCAAAGCGAUACAUGUACAUUGUAAUUUACGCAUACAUAUAUUUGCAAAGUCUAUAGAUACUUUCUUUGGGACCAUGUUGAAGCAGAGUACAUAGGAGGGGGGGCGUUUUGGUUCCUGUGUAUGCGAGUACAAGUCCACUCUUGGGUGGGAGAGGAGGGGCAGGGAAGGGGGGGGCGUGGUCAUCCCCACCCUCCCUCUUGACCACUUGACCUAGCUCAUAUAAGGUCAUGCCAUGAGCGGUUUCCUCCUUCGCCGUCACAUGACAGGAAAAGGACCAAACCCACACCAAUCCACCAAGAGCAUAACUCCCAAAAAAGCACCUCCUGAACUCCCCCCC